AUGGACGUACUUGCCGAUAUAUCGAGGUUCGAGGACCUUGAUCGAAACUCCUAUCUUCCGGAGAGAGAUUUCGACUCCGAAGAAGCCCGUUUAGAUAUGAGCUCAGCUCCCCGCAGCAUUGCUUUCCCUGGUGACAACAUCAGGAGAAGGAGUAAUACGACUUCUGUUGCUGGGGCUCCCUUGAAAGUGGAUACCCCCCUUCUCAAUAAGUAUGCUACGAUCACCGCAUGUGAUGACAUAAACGACAGUACGAUAGAGAGCUUUGAGAAUGAAAUGUUUGAAAAUAGGAACUCUAGAAGGCCAAGAAGGCUGACACAGGAUUCGAUACAGUCCACUUUCAGGUUUCAGGCCUCUAAUCAUAGGAGCCAGAUUUUCCCCAUCACGGAAACCCCCCUGUCCACACGCCCAGUGUCCUUGCCGCUCUCCCGCAGUGUUCCAGCGGCCCAUUUCCCAUUGCAUUCUUUGACCACUAGUACCACAACCAGUGUAUCCAGCUCAGAGCUGGAUUCCAUUGAUACUAAAAGACCGCAGGGCGGUUCACUGGAUUUGGGCCAGAGGAUCGAUGAGGGGAACGUUAAUUUCAAUAUUGUGAGAAACAUGCUGAAUGGCAUUAGGUCAUCUUGCGCGUCUGUUUCUGAGAGUCUUGACUUUGAUCGGUCCGAUAAAUAUAUAUUUGACUACGAUGACAGGAUGAUACAAACUACAGGGCAGGACUACGCCUUCAAAUUCAAGGAUUACUGUGGUGGUGUUUUCAAAAAUCUUCGACGUAUGCUGAAUAUUAAUGAUAAUGAGUAUCUGGACUCUUUGACGUCAGAAUACGUGCUCAAAGAAUUGAACUCGCCUGGCAAAAGUGGUCGUUUUUUACUUUCCAGAGACUACAAAUACAUCAUAAAAACGAUACACCAUGGAGAGCAUCUGCAACUGCGCAGGACAUUACGACAAUAUUACAAUUAUAUGAAGGAAAACCCAAACAGUCUGCUAUGUCAAUUUUACGGCCUUUAUAGAGUAAAAUUGCCAAGGACUUUUCAAAACAGAAUUAGCAAUAGAAAAGUUUACUUCAUAGUGAUGAACAACCUCCUUCCACCGUCUGUUAACAUCGACGUUACUUUUGAUUUAAAGGGCUCUCUAUGGGGCAGGUACACCGAAUCACAGGGCCAGGAGGAACAGCGCGACAGACAAUUGAUCAUGAAGGAUAUCAAUUGGAUAGAACUUCACGAAAAACUGAACUUUAACUCUACCGGGCAGAAAAAUCAAUUCUUGAGCCAACUACUGAGGGAUGUUAAAUUGUUAGCAGAGCUAAAUACAAUGGACUACUCUUUACUUGUGGGGUUCCACUACAUUGAAAAUAACCCAGAAAACGAUGAGCCCGGCUCCACCAAGCCAGUACCCCGUAGCCCACAAGAAAACGCGUUUCAUGGUGAUAAGGUCGUUUAUUACGUUGGGAUCAUUGACUGUUUAACGAAUUACUCGUUGAGAAAACGGUUGGAAACUGUUUGGAGAUCGUUGAACCAUAAUCUCGAUGAAGUGAGCGCUAUACCACCUGAGAAGUAUGCCACAAGGUUCUACGACUUUAUCUCGAUGUCUGUAGAAACAGAGUAG